GCGAACCAAAUAUUGAUUUGACUUCACAAAAGUGAAAGUAAAAGCGCAGUGCAGAUCUUUAUAUGCAAACACAAGCCUGAAAAUAAGCGACUUUAGACGGCCUAGUAGCCUCUAAAAUGAGUCUCUAUAAAAGAGAAAAGGAGAGACCAUCAUCUCCAGUAGCCAGCUUCACCUCUUUGAGGACUGACAAAUCCUAUGAAUAUUUUCCUCCUGAUCUCAGCGAUAAAGCUGUGACAUCUGAAGUCUGUGAGUACAGUAAUGAUCCGUCCCCGGUUCAGUGCAGCUAUGAUUAUGUUCUGAAGAGAGUUAAAGAUUUUUUCAAGGCCAGCAUGAUGAACAAGAAUAAAAAUAUAUUUGAAGGAAUCCAACAAGAAAAUCUAACCCUCCUGAACAGUAUUUACACACAACUGUACAUCAUAGAGGGAGAGAGUGAAGAAGUAAAUAAAGAACAUGAGGUUUUGCACAUGGAGAUAAAGGCCAGAACACAACACUCACAAGACACUCCAAUAUACUGCAAUGACAUCUUUAAAACCUUCCCUGAACCGGGAUAUAAAACAGAGAAAAGGAGGAGGAAAAACAAAAUCAAGAGCGUUCUUACUAAAGGCAUCGCUGGAAUCGGAAAGACUGUUUCUGUGCAGAAGUUUAUUCUGGAUUGGGCCGAGGGAAAAGCCAAUCAGGAUGUAGAUUUCAUGUUUGUGCUUCCGUUUCGAGCGCUGAACUUGAUUAAAGAUGAUCAGUACAGUCUUCACAAACUUCUGCUCGACUUUCAUCCUGAACUUCAAGAUCUGCACCCAAAGAUUUUUGAGGAGUGUAAAGUUGUGUUCAUCUUCGAUGGUUUGGAUGAAAGCAGAAUCGAGCUGAAGUUUUUAGAGUCUGUGGAUAUUUUUAAUGUUACUCAGACAUCAUCAGUGGCUGUUUUGAUAGCAAACCUCAUGAAAGGAGAUCUGCUUCCAUCCGCUAAUAUUUGGAUCACCUCCAGACCAGCAGCAGCCAACCAGAUUCCUCCUGAAUACAUAAACCGUGUGACAGAAAUCCAGGGAUUCAAUGAUUCUCAGAAGGAGGAAUAUUUCAGGAAGAGAAUCCGUGAUGAACAUCAAGUCAGCAAAAUCAUCUCUCACAUUAAAACAUCAAGAAGCCUCCACAUCAUGUGUCACAUACCGGUCUUCUGUUGGAUCUCAGCCACUGUUCUUCAAAAAAUCCUGAAAGAAAAUGACAAAUCAGAAAUACCUAAAACUCUGACUGAAAUGUACAUACACUUCCUAAAUGUCCAAACAAAUGUGAGAAGUCAGAAGUAUGAUGGGAGAGAUGAGAAAGAUCCAAAGAAACUUCUGCAGUCCAACAGAGAAGUGCUUCUGAAACUAUCUGAACUGGCUUUCAAACAGCUGAUGAAGGGCAAUGUGAUGUUUUAUGAAGAGGACCUGAGAGAUUGUGGCAUUGAUGCCACUGAGGCAGUCCGAUAUUCUGGGAUUUGCACAGAGAUUUUUAAACAGGAAUCUGUGAUUUAUCAGAGGAAAGUUAACUGCUUCAUACAUCUAUUUCAGGAGUUUCUCGCCGCUUUCUAUGUGUUUUACUCUUAUUUAAUAAACACAACCGAGACACUGAAGAUGUUUGAUUCACUUUAUAAUUUGCUUGAAGGAGCUGUAGAGAAAGCCCUGGAGCAUGAGAAUGGACACCUGGAUCUUUUCCUCAGAUUUCUGCUCGGUAUCUCGCUUGAGUCCAAUCAAAGAUUGUUGCUGGGCUUACUACCACACACUGAGGAAAGCACAAAGAUCAUCCAGAAAACUACUGCUUACAUCAAAAACAAAAUCAAAGAUGGAUAUGGUCUCUCAGCUGACAGAUCCAUCAAUCUGUUCCUUUGUCUGUUUGAAAUGAACGACCAGACUCUGUACAGAGAGAUUAGAGAGUUUCUAAAGUCUGAGAGAAAUUCAAGAAAUCAAAUCUCUGCUGCACAUUGCUCAGCCAUAGCCUAUAUACUUCAAAUGUCAGAGGAGGUGAUGGAUCAGCUGGACCCCAAAAAAUACAACACAUCUGAAGAGGGUCGAAGAAACCUGUUACCAGCUCUGAGAAACUGCAGGAAAGCACUGUUUGCUGACUGUAAUCUUACAAAUCAAUCCUGUGAAAUUGUGGCUUCAGCAUUACGUUCAUCAAACCCUCGGCUGAGAGAACUGGACCUGAGUAACAACGACCUGCAGGAUUCAGGAGUAAAGAUCCUCUGUACUGGAUUGGAGAGUCCGCACUGUACACUGGAGAUAAUGAAAUUGUCUGGCUGCUUAGUCACAGAAGAAGGCUGCUGUUUUUUGGCCUUAGCUCUGAGAUCAAACCCAUCACAUCUGAUCGAGCUGGAUCUGAGCUACAAUCAUCCUGGAGACUCAGGAGUUCAGAUGCUUUCUGAUUUACUGAGAGAUCCACACUGCAGACUGGACAAACUCAACUUGGAUCACGGAGAGCCCUUCAGGAUCACACCAGGAUUACGAAAGUACGCAUGUGAUCUCACCAUGGAUCCAAACACAGCACAUAUUCGUCUCCUUCUGUCGGAGGGAAACCGAAAGAUAACGUGCGUGCACGCGGAGCAGCCGUAUCCCGAUCAUCCGGAGAGAUUUGAGCGUUAUGAGCAGAUUUUGUGUAAGGAGAGUCUGUCUGAACGCUGUUAUUGGGAAGUGGACUGGAAUGGCUGGUGUCACAUAUCAGUGACGUAUAAAGGAAUCAGCAGGAAAGGAGGCAGCAAAUGUAGGUUCGGACUGAAUGAGAAAUCUUGGAAUCUUUACUGCUGUGACACAAUUUACUCUGCGUGGCACAAUAAGAAAAGCACAAACGUUCCUCUUCCUUCAUCUCACUCUCACAAAGUAGGAGUUUACCUGGACUGGACCGCCGGCGCUUUGUCCUUCUACAGCGUCUCAGACACAAACCCACAAACAUACACACACAUAUACACAUUCAACUCCACAUUCACCGAGCCUCUCUGCGCAGGAUUUGGACUUUAUUCAGACUCCUCGGUGUGUCUGUGUGAGAUGUGAGGGAAUGUUCAUCAACAUUUAGCAAUUUAGAUUUUUAAAAUGUGUUUUAAAACAUUUCAUAUUAUUAUGGCAUAUCAAAAUUUUGCUUUCAAAAUCUAAUUAAUUUUUUAAUCUAUCAAGUAGCAGUUCAAACCUUUUUUUAUACCUUUUAUAUAUAACAUAUUAUGAAAUUAAGCUAUAUGGCAAACUAGAAAUGUACACAUCGACCCACAUCUACGCAGCAACCUUUAACAUUGGCUGUUUCUUAAUGUCAAGGAUACUUCCUUGGCAGGAACGGUCUGUCCAAGUCACUGUCUGUUUCUCAAUGUCAAGGAAGGAUCCUCGAAAGCCAGAAUUACGAGGAUGCUACAUCAUCGACAUCCGUUGAAGGACUGUUCAGAUGUCAAGGAUCCUUGGAAUUGCAACCAAGGACUGAGUCCUUCGUUCGAAAAAUAUCCCAUAUACAGGAAAGGAUGCAUAAGGGGCUGAUCACACCAAAAGCGUUUAUGGCAGUUGCAGGCGCCUUUUUUGAAUGAUAUUCUAUGGGCAGGGAGCGUUUGCGCGCUGUUUAUGCACACCGAACGCCUUGCGUUUUUGCCGCCAACCACAGCACGCGCCUUUGAAGGAGCGCUGAGAGCGGAGAAGCGCCCGACGUCAUUUGCGUCUUUCCAUUGUCCAAUCGAAUGAGGGGAGAGGCGGGCCUUAAGUUGUGGUGAGGGAAGUUUACAGUUGCUUUGAAGAACUGGACUGCAGUCACUCACUCUCUCCUGUGUGUUUGUGCACCUCUCAUCCUCAAACAAGGUCAGAGCAAGGGCCCUCUUUUUAAAGUUUCUGCUUAUAUGACAGUUAACAGCAAAAGAGCGCUCACGCUUCAAUAUUUAAUUGACAAGACAGCUGACUCGGUGGUUGCUUAGCUAUAUAAAAAGCCGCGUCGCACUGCUCUUUUUUAAAAAAGGCAGUGCGUCUUGCCUUGCGUUUCCAAGCGUUUAACGCAGCAUUCUGACGGCCAGCGAUGUUAUCGCUGUGUGUCGCCCGUCUCUUUCAAUGAGGCGUUUCUAAAUUUGCUUGUCAUACACAAAUGAGUACCAUCCACGGCAAUAACUGACGAGAGAAGGAUGACGUGAACUCCACUGCUUCGUUCUCAUUGGUAGUCGCUCCCGAAAUUCGCUCGACAUUUGCAUAAAGUUAAACUUUUCUUAACUUUCUCGCAUCGCUGGACACGCCCAUACGGUCGCCAACGGUCACUUUCGCUCGUGCUGCCGGAAGUCGCUCGGUUUCCAUUGAAAUGAAUGAGAUCGUGUCGCUCUGCCACUCAUGGUCGCUGGCUGUCUGAAUCGGGGGUAAAGCGCGUUUGGUGUGAUUAGCCCCUAAGUGUUGUUUUAAGUUAAUUGUGAUCUUGUAAAUACACUUAUUUAAAGGGAUAGUUCGGCCAAAAAUGAUAUUAAACCCA